AUGUCGGCCGAGAAUAUCCAUGUCGCGAUCCGAGUUCGGCCCAUGAACGAGAACGAGGAGUCGCAGGGAGGUUCCGCUGUGAGCUUCCAAUCCUCCGAGCAGGCGUCGCUCGUGAUCAAGGCGACUGACGGCCAGUUGAGGAACUUCAGGUUCGACCAAAGUUUCACUUCUCUCGACCCACAGGAUGCGUCCGGAACGCAGGAGCGGGUCUACUCCGAGCUUGGCGCGGACCUCGUGACCAGCGCUCUGGAUGGUUACAACUGCUGCCUGUUUGCCUAUGGCCAGACCGGUGCUGGCAAGAGCCACACCAUGAUGGGCUACGCAGACCAGCCGGGAGUGAUCCCCCGCGCCGUGGAGGAUGUCUUCCGGCAGAAGCAGCUGCUUUCGGAUUCCGGGGGCGACGAGCUUCGUGUUUGGGCCUCCUUUGUGGAGAUCUACAACGAGCAGUUGCGAGAUCUCCUGGACCCAACAUCCCUGCGCACCGCGGAGGGCCAUGCGAACCUGAGGAUCAUGGAUCACCCGGAGCUGGGUGUCAUCGUCCCAGGAUUGGUGGAAGCUGCCUGCCAGACGGUCGUGGAG